AUGGCAGCUGUAAAUUCUUCAGCCGACAAGACGUCGGAUUUCACGAAACCACAUGUUACCGCUCCUGUCAACGAGAUCCCAGCAACUCCAUCUGUAUCUGAACCGCAGCAAGAGUUACAGCAGGAGGAACAACAUCAACAUACCAAACCAGGCAUUCAUUCGACAGAGGCAAAGAAGUCGGACACAACGAAUAUCGAAGAAAAUAAUGAAUGGCGACUCAAAUCUAAGAAGUCUGUCGAAUCCAGCGCAGUUGACAAAAGCGAAUCGCAACAGCGGCCAUCCAACAUCCCAAAUCCCAUAACCACCAUGCGACCUGUUUCCCCUCUAAAUUCUCUCAGCUCUACUCGACCAUCUGCAUCUCCACAUCCCCAAGCUUCCCCAUCUAUACCCUCACAUAUCAUGACAGAAAACCACAUCCCCCCAAUCCUUGGCGCCUCAUCUGCUGCUUUGACCGACGAGCGUCUCGAUCCAGACUCUGUUGAAAUCAUCACUCAUAACUUCCACCAGCCUGCCUCGCUCAGCGUGACUGGCGGCCAACCUGAACAGGCAGUGACGUCGUCUUGGCAUGAAGAUCUCAACCCACAUUUACCCCCUGACGCGGAAGAUUCGGUUUCAAAUUACGGCGGGUUGGACCCAUCUGACAUCAGGCGCCUAAGCUUCGUAUCAUUCGCUGACGUUGUCAACGGCGAACAUGCUGAAACAGACCAUGCUUCAAACCGCGAUUCUAUGUACAUGGCGGGUCUCUCGACUAACGCUGCCUUGUUCGCUGCGCAGAACCGCUCUCCAUCUCCAGUACGCUCUCCGGUCUCGUCCCACGGUUUCGGUACAUCGCCGCCAACAAGCGUAUCGCCUUCUACAAAGGGGUUGGAUAACUCUCCUAAUCGCGGGGGUUGGGUGGCCGGGAGCCCCCGGCUCUGCGGCCAUAGUCCCCCUCCUGGCACUUUUGGUGGUGAGUUGAAUGUUGAAACCAUGCGGCAGGCUCUCCGACGGACUGGUUCCGGCGAUUUUGGUGGAUUCCGCAGUCAACCCAUGAGUGCCGUUGGGAACGACGAUGGGACAUAUGAUCGUCCCUUCAAGUAG